UAAAAAUUUAGCACAUCGCUCUUCUUGUUCACGGAUUUUGCCAAACAAGAGUCUGCUAUCAAUGGACUGUAUUUAUUGGAGCCUGCUGUUAGUGAUCAUUUUUGAGCAGGACUAUUUUAUCAGUGCAGCGAAACUAAAUAAUAUCAGACAGGGAAGGAAUCACUCAGCGAAAACUGCGAGCUCCGGUCGCGUGAUCAAAUGCUGCAGAAAUGAUAAAUGCAUCAAGCUAAGUCGCGUGAUUAGAAAUUCGAGUAGUACUAAAGCUCAUGGGGCACGAUCGACAUCUCUCUUGGAAACUACAUUAACGGAAACCCUUCCACCCAUGGAAAAAAGCUCUGUUCCAUUUUCUGGAAAUGAUUUUACCACAUAUUCUGAUUCGAGUGUGUCCUACGUUGAAACUACAGAAAUUUCAUCUGGAAUUGAAUCACUUCAAACCGUGAUGACCAGUCUAAAUUCAGAAACAACAUUGCCAGAGACUGAAGCAACAACAUUUUCUUCAGCUUCUCCUUUGGUUACCACAAUAACAACAGAUACUUCAGUCGGUGUCAAAACAACAGAAGUAGUAACAAGUACCACCGAAAAAGUCCCAAUUCAAUCAAUUACGACUGAACAACUUGUCGCGACGCCCCUUUUAUCAAAUCUAUCUACAAUUUCGACAACAUCUUCAAGUAGCUCAACUACACCGACCACAACUACCACAACAACACCUACCACAACAACUACUACUACAACAACAACUACCACAACAACACCUACCACAACAACUACUACUACAACAACAACUACCACUACUACAACGACAACAACCACAAUUCCUUGGAUCAAGCCAGUUGCAAGCAAACUAACAACUCUAAAACCAAAUAUGAUUCCAGUAUGCCCUACUAAUUGCACGAAAAAUCCGGAUCUUUUCUAUUCAAACGGAACUCUGAAAGACCCAGAGAGGCACGGUUUUUGGGAAUCAGCUUGUGGGGGCAUACAGUACCUCUUUGGAAAGAAGAUAGUCAACUGGGAGCAAAAUACUGCUAUAUGCUGCAGCUUAGGAAUGACUCCUAUUAUGUUCAAGGAUGGGCCGAGCUGCUUUAAUAACAUAAUCAAUGGUUUCAAAUGGAAGUACAGCUCACGUUUCUGGACUUCUGGAAGACGUGUCGAGAACUUAACUUUUGAAUGGUGUUUCUUGAAUGUUUCGAACAGUAGCUCUAAUAUUCUAGAUGGGCAGUGGAGACCUUUUCAACCGGAUCAUAACACCACACAAUCAGACAAUUGCGUUCAGUUGUACAUUCUUAAAGAACAAUCGUCUGCGCUCCUGGAUGACAGAAAUUGUAAUGAAACGUAUUUUCUCGCGUGCCAAGGCACGGCGGCAGCCAAAAAGCCAGCGUGUGUAAAGCCUUCAUGCCCAAGUGGAAGCUGUACAAGAAAUUGGGGAUAUUUGGCGGGUCCAAUAUACAACAACUUCAUAAUAAACAAAACGCUGCACGGCAUGUGGGGAGAAGUUUCAAAUCGAACGUUCCUCUUUAGUUAUGAAAGCGAUGUUAAAACAUAUUCCGAUGCUAAUACACAGUGCUGUGGCCUAGGUAUGAAAUUAGUGAGUCUUCAACAGCCCUUCAAGUAUGAUUUCUUGAUUAAAGCCGCAGAGAAUAUCACAACCUCUUCAGGGAUAAAAUUUUGGACCUCAGGUACAGAUUUGGACUGUGAAGGUGUUUACAGUUUCUGUCCAACAAAAUCAUUAUUGAAGGAUGAGGCUCGCUGGGCUGUCGGUCAACCGGAUGAUAAAAGUUCGCAGGCGAACUGUCUUGCAGUGAAUGUUUCUUUGAGUUCUGCAUUUUUGAGUGAUGAAAUGUGCACUGCUAGGAUGAGAUAUAUUUGCGAAGGCUGGAAAAGGAGUGGGGCAAAGGUCAUAGAGCGUGAAUGUGCAGCUACCAAUGGCUUGUCUGAAAAAGAAACAAUUGGAGUAUUGAACACUUCUCAACAAGCUUUAUCCUCGUCUCAAAAGGGGUUCAUGAGAUGCUAUGCUGAAGCAGCCGGAUUGAUCCUCGACGGAAACAUCGUUGAAUCUUUACUGCUAGGACAAAUGAUUACAAUUGCUGCUGAAAAUUUCACUAAAUUAGAAGAUAUGCUAGACACAAUGGAUUACUGCUUUAAUUUGACAAAAAACUUGCCCAUAAAUGAUCAACUUGUAGGAAUUCUGCAUUGCGGUCAGGAAAACGAUCCAGAAGCUGUAGCUCAACUACUUUACAACUUUGAGAUGUCAUUAUUUGAUGAUGUAACUCUUGUUGAUCCUCCACCUGACGAUUGUCCAUUGACUUAUCCAUGUUAUGUUGAUGAGGACUCCAGAACUGCUUUUGAAAGGGGACCAUGGGAUACUUUGAUUUUCACGCCUCUCUAUGUAUUUUACAAGACGGUUUCAUGCGGCAAAACGUAUUUAGUAGUACAAUCUCGACGAGGAAUGGUUGGUGCCCCACAAACAUUUUACCCCUACUGCUGCAAUUUUGGUCUGCGGAUGCUUUCAUUGGACAACAAACCUAAGCUGGAUUGCUUAUUGCCUUACUUUAUACCUAGUAACGCUAAAAAUUUAUUCGGCUCUGUUCCGGGGCUUCAAUUCACAAUUGGAGCAUCAAAAAUAGUUGUGAAUCAAAGCGCUUCAAUUUUUUUGGCAAAGGAUUGCUUCACGAAUAAUUAUUUUAACGAGUCUGAUAUGCAAGCCACAAUGGCUAAUUCAGGUUUCGGUAGAAUGGUGACUUUCAUGAGCAGACAGCUUACAUACCACGGAGCGUCAGGUUAUUUUGUUUGCGAGUAUCCGUAAAUAUUUGAGAGAUUCACAUGGAAAUUUAAACUCAUAAAUUCUGAUUUGUUUGAUAGGGGAUAAUAAAACCCAAUAA